GGUGCGCACACACGCCGGCGCAUUCUCACUCGCGUCCUCUCAACAUGAAGGCAGUCAUUGUUCUCGCUCUGGUGGCCGUGGCGGCGGCCGACAAGCUGCCCCUGACCAGCCCUCCCGUGGCCAUCUUGAGGAGCAGCCAAGUCAACCCCGACGAGAGCGGCGCCCACAGCUCCGACUUCGAGGCCGAGAACGGCAUCGUGUUCCAGUUCUCGGGCUCUGAGGGCGUCAACGGCGGAGCCAACAUGGUCGGAUCCUUCAGCUACCCCCAGGAGGACGGCUCUCUGGCCGAAGUCAAGUUCGUGGCCGACGAGAACGGCUUCCAGCCCGAGUCGUCCCUCCUGCCCGUGGCCCCCGCCUUCCCCCACCCCAUCCCCCAGUUCGUCCUCGACCAGAUCGAGUUCGCCCGCCUCGAGGACGAGCGCAAGGCUCUCGAGGCUCAAGAGGAGUAAUUUGAAUCCUUGACAUUGGAUAUUGUGAUAAUUUAUAGAGUGAUAUUUCAACUGCGUGUCGAGGAAAUGUGUGCGUAUUUAUUUCAUACAUCUUUAUGAAUAAAUAUAUCAUUUUUA